AUGUAUCGGACGAUUCCUAUUAACGAAAUGCAUAUUGAUAAGCUACCUGAGGAUGACGUCCCAGAAAGUAUCUGGACGACUAUUGAGAGAAUAGAAAAUACUAUUGAUGCCAAUGCGGAGCGGGCAGGAUUCACUAGUGAUCCACUUGCAGAUGCUGCCAUACAAGGUGAACCAAAUACAACGAAUAUUUUGCCGAUGAGUGUUAGCGCGGUACUUGAUGUUAAUGGAACAACUGUCACAUCAAAAGAUAUUAGUGUACAUCUACUACAUAAAUUUAAAAACACUUCAAUUAGUUCUUUAAAUGAGGAUAUAGAGAAUACACCCAUGGAUAAUGCAGAGAAUGAAGAUGUUUAUAUAAUUCCCAGAUCACACAUGCCAAUUAAAGAUUGCUACAACGCAGAAUUAUUUCUUGGCCUAUUCCCUACUCUUUUCCCAUAUGGAUACGGGGCACCGUACGAUGCAUCGAGAUCAGUUGCAGUAUCGCUAAAUCAGCAUAUUCGUUAUCUUCUUGCAUAUGAAGAUCGACGAUUUGAAAAGCAUCAUUCAUUUUUGUUUGUUAUGUUUAAUGUGCUGCAACGAUGCCAGGCAUGCUGGAAUGCUUCACUUAUGGCUUCACGCCCUUAUUUUCGCGAUGCUGCUACUGAUCUUCAGGCACUGACAACAAAAGAAAUUGAGGCAGCAUUAAUAAGUGCAACCAAGAACACAUUCUCUUCCAUUACGAAUCCACGAAUUAACAUGCUGAUGAAGCAAAUUAGAGCGGUGGGUGGCAAUGUUAUGGGCUCAGCCUGCUCGCGAAGUGCUCUUCGUACUCAAAUUCAUGCGCUGAUAUUCAAUCAGGGCUUACCUAGUAUCUUCAUGACCAUUAAUCCUUCUGAUAUUCACAGUCGAAUUGCUCUUUAUUUUGCUGGAGUUGAUCUAGAUCUUGAUAAAAUUGUACCUGAAGUACUUCCAUCUACCUAUGAACGUGCUCAGAUUGUUGCCGCACAUCCUGUAGCUACUACUCGAUAUUUCAAUGUGCUCAUCACGUCUAUUCUUAAAUGCCUAGUAGAGCAGGGCGUACUCGGUCCAAUUAAGGCUUAUUUCGGUACAGUAGAAAACCAAGGUCGAGGCUCAUUACAUCUACAUAUUCUUAUGUGGCUGGAUCACGAUUUAACGCCUGCACAACUGAAAGAAUCAGUUAAGAAUGAGGAAUUUCGGAAUGGUCUUAUUAGCUAUUUAGAGGACAUUAUCAAACAAGAUCUUAGUAAUUUUACUAACGAUGAAGCCGAUGGUGAUAUUCUUGAACAACAAAAAUGUGUGAUUUCUGAUCGCGUUGACCAUACUCAUUCAACAUCGGAUGAGAUGCCCAUAGGAGUAGUCAAUCAAAAUCAACCUGGAUGUGAUGUUAAAAAAUUAUUUCCAUCAGUAAUGCCGACUCCAAAGCCAUCAACACCAAACUUUGCAUUAGACUUCAUAAAAGACAUAAUACGGAUAGUUAGUAGUGUCAAUAUACACUUCCAUACAGCUACAUGCUUUAAAUAUUCGAAAACAAGUGACAAUCCGAUAUGCCGCUUGAAAAUGCCUCGACAGAUCGAAGAAAAAUCAUAUAUCAACAUUGAAUCGGGUCAAAUUAAACUGAAAAGACUUCACCAAACUAUAAAUAAUUUUAAUGAAUAUAUUAUCAGUGCUUGUCGAUCAAACAUGGACAUAAAGUAUAUCUUUAGUGGUAGCGAUGCCAAAGCAUUGGUCUAUUACAUAACCGAUUACGUGACAAAGUCAAGCCUUUCAUUUCACGAUACAUUUUCUCUCGUAUUAAAAUCUGUUAAGUCCUUCGAAAAACAGAAACUUGGUACUGAUGCAUCUCUAAAUGCCGAAGAAAAAUCAAGGAGACUUUUUGUAUCUUAUUGGUAUUGA